AUGCAGUCAGCACCAGCCUCAGUUUUGAUCGGUGUAGACCAGAUGAACAACGUGAUGAACCUAUCAUCUGCGAAGAAACUGCCGUCCGGCUUCACCCUCCUGGAAUCUCGUUUGGGAAUGGUAUUAAGCGGCAGAGGCGAAACUACCCUACUCAACAAUCAACCAGUUAUCGACUCACUCACAGUGAUGACCUCAACCUCACAAGAUCCAGUAGAACAAUUCUGUAAACUGGAACUCAUUGGUAUUACCGAAAAUCCUACGAUAACUGACGACGAUGUUGCCAUACAGAAAUUUCGACAAAGCAUCAAAUUCAACGAUGGUAGAUACUACGUUCGCUGGCCAUGGAAAGAAGGUAGACAAUUCUCCAACAACUAUCCACUAUGCUAUCGACGACUUUGCUCGACUAUUCGUAGUUUGCAACAAAAGGAAGAACUUCUGUAG